AUUAAUUCUCAAGGACAUGCUCAUUAACUAAGGCCUCAAUGACUUCAGUCAUCCAUUCCUGGCAGCAUGUGAUAGGCUCUUGAGAAUAGAGCCGCUGAGGACUCUUGAACUGCUUUUUUGGUGCAGGAAUUGCCUCACAGAUUCCCUUGAUUCAUUCCAUUUUGAAUAUUGCCCGCCACUUGGAAAAGAUGGCCAGAUUGAUCGUCAUUUGUUAACCCGAUAGACCUCGGAAGACAUUUCGGCGGGAGACUUCCCUUUGUCCUGUAAGUAAGGAACCAAGAAUUGUAGGAAUGGGGGAAUCACUGCUCUCUUUUUUGACCUAUUUGUCGCGUUUUUGCACCUAGCGAAGUUACUUCUGUAGUUUCGUCUAUGGUAUCGAAAUCGGAAGCAGAUUCAAACUUCUUGAGGGGACGUGUAGCAAUAUUUUGGACGGAAGCAGUGGAUGAUUUCCCACGCUCAAAAGAUGUCCCUCUCCCUCUCCCGACAGAAGCUGAAAUUGAGAACGCACUGAAUAUAUCUCCGGAGUAUGAAGGGUGAUGGGUUUUCCAGGUCAGAUGCCAUUACAUUGUGAAGUUCGGGAAGGGCGUCAAUCUUGUUGAAGGAGAGAACAUGCUAUUUGUUCGGGAAAUGACAAAGGUCCCUGUGCCUCGAGUUUAUGCUCUCUACUCAAACCCACAAAUAGGCAAAAACUACAUUGUCAUGGAACAUAUUGCUCGUGAGACACUUGCAAAACUGUGGGCAAGUUUGACAGGUGCAGAAAAGGAAUCUAUUGUUGCAAAACUGCACAGUUAUAAUACUACAAGGAGCUACACCAGUUGCCAUCACCAGGUUACUAUGAGCAUAGACAAACAAACCCUUCUUGAUGAGAUAUUUUGGACACAGCACACAGAAGCUAUGAUCAAUAGUCCAUUCAUCACUGAAGCCGCGCUCAACAAAGCGAUGGCGUGGAAAUACACUCAUGACAGCCGGCCUCAUUACAAGGCAGAUUUUUACUGUCAAUGUCUGCCACACAUUUUCUGUGGCCACAAGCUGAUGUUUACUCAUGGUGACUGUCAACACAAAAAUAUUAUGAUUCAGAGUGACCCCCAGCGGAUGACUGCCAAUAAUCGCACUUUGGAGAUUGUCAUUCUUGAUUGGGAGAAGUCUGGUUGGUAUCCAAGUUACUGGGAGUACUGUCUAGCUGUUUGUGCAUUAUGUUGGGAUGAUGACUGGGGCCUCUGGAUUGAGAAAAUGCUAGAUCUGUUUAUAUCUGAAGUUUCCUGGCUGCAAAUUCUACGCCUAGAAUUGUGGUCCUAGGACAGUUACGUUUUCAAAUGGCUCUCAGAGGUUGACUGCUCGAGAUCAGGAUGGAGUACCUUGUCUAUGGAUUUGACUGUUUAAAGAUAUUUGAUAGUUUUAUCAAUUAAUUUCCUUCUCCAGGCUAUGCGUCUGGCUAUAUUUUGGGCACUCA